UGUGGGACAGCUGUCAGCUGGCAUGCUGGGUGGGGCCUAUUUAGCCGGCUGGGGCACAAGCCUGGGGACACUGAACUGGUGUCCCUGCCCCGCGUCUUUCCCCCCGGGUCUCCCAGCCCCACGAUGAUGGCCGAAGAGAACACGGACCUGGAGGCCCAGAUCGUCAAGGACAUCCACUGCAAGGAGAUCGACCUGGUGAACCGAGACCCCAAGAACAUAAACGAGGACAUAGUGAAGGUGGACUUCGAGGACGUGAUCGCGGAGCCCGUGGGCACCUACAGCUUCGACGGCGUGUGGAAGGUGAGCUACACCACCUUCACCGUCUCCAAGUACUGGUGCUACCGCCUGCUGUCCACGCUGCUGGGCGUGCCGCUGGCCCUGCUCUGGGGCUUCCUGUUCGCCUGCAUCUCCUUCUGCCACAUCUGGGCGGUGGUGCCGUGUAUCAAGAGCUACCUGAUCGAGAUCCAGUGCAUCAGCCACAUCUACUCGCUCUGCAUCCGCACCUUCUGCAACCCGCUCUUCGCCGCCCUGGGCCAGAUGUGCAGCAGCAUCAAGGUGUUGCUGCGGAAGGAAGUGUAAAGCCAGGUGAAGCGAGGGGUGUGGCCGGGCAGGGGAGUUAGGCCAGGCUGGCCCCACGGAACUGCUCCCCGGGGACUGCUGGCGCGCUCUUGCUCUGUAAGGACUGCUAUUCCCCCCAGGAUGGGAGCACUGAGUCUAGAGAAACCAGAACAAAAAGAGAGCCCUACCCCAGAAGCACAGUGGCCUUCCACGCUGCCCCCGUCCCUCCAUGAUGCCCCCGUGACCGGGCACGUGGGAAGAUCCUUUGCUAAGAGGCAGCUACUGCAAGUCUUUGCGAUCACAUGUACUGUAACAGCACAAACCAGCACACUGUUCCCACCCAGGGUCGACCUGUCCACAUGCGCCACCCAGGAAGCCACCAGGGACUGUGGGCAUUGGGGGGUGGCUCCAAUAAAGGGUUCUGGCUGCAUUCGGA